GUUGCUUAUGUUACCAAUAAGGUCAUCUCCAUUUCUUUCUGCUCUUUUAAGGUUUUGCGUCCAUUCCUCCUUCGUCGAAUUAAGGCUGAUGUUGAAAAGAGUUUACCUCCAAAGAAGGAAGUAAAAAUCUAUGUGGGCCUCAGCAAAAUGCAAAGGGAAUGGUACACUCGGAUAUUAAUGAAGGACAUAGAUAUACUGAACUCUGCAGGGAAGAUGGACAAAAUGCGGCUGCUGAACAUCCUGAUGCAGUUGAGGAAGUGCUGUAACCACCCCUAUCUCUUUGAUGGCGCUGAGCCGGGUCCACCUUACACAACAGACAUGCAUCUGGUCACCAACAGUGGCAAAAUGGUGGUGCUGGACAAGCUGCUCCCUAAGUUAAAGGAACAAGGUUCGCGAGUACUGAUCUUCAGUCAGAUGACCAGGGUAUUGGAUAUUUUGGAAGAUUACUGCAUGUGGAGGAAUUAUGAGUACUGUAGAUUGGAUGGACAGACACCACAUGAUGAGAGACAAGAGUCCAUCAAUGCAUACAAUGAACCAAACAGCACAAAGUUUGUUUUCAUGUUAAGCACACGAGCUGGUGGUCUUGGCAUCAAUCUUGCUACUGCUGAUGUUGUGAUUUUGUAUGACUCAGAUUGGAAUCCCCAAGUAGAUCUUCAGGCCAUGGACCGAGCACACAGAAUUGGACAGACCAAGACAGUCAGAGUGUUCCGCUUCAUAACCGACAACACUGUAGAAGAGAGAAUAGUGGAGCGUGCUGAGAUGAAACUCCGGCUGGAUUCAAUCGUCAUCCAGCAGGGAAGACUUGUGGAUCAGAAUCUGAACAAAAUUGGGAAAGAUGAAAUGCUUCAAAUGAUAAGGCAUGGGGCAACACAUGUAUUUGCUUCAAAGGAGAGUGAGAUUACUGAUGAGGAUAUUGAUGGUAUUUUGGAAAGAGGUGCAAAGAAGACCGCAGAGAUGAAUGAAAAGCUCUCCAAGAUGGGUGAAAGCUCACUUAGAAAUUUUACAAUGGAUACAGAGUCAAGCGUUUAUAACUUUGAAGGAGAAGAUUAUAGAGAAAAACAAAAGAUUGCAUUCACAGAGUGGAUCGAGCCUCCUAAACGGGAAAGAAAAGCCAACUAUGCUGUUGACGCCUAUUUCAGGGAAGCGCUUCGCGUCAGUGAACCUAAAGCACCCAAGGCUCCUCGACCUCCAAAACAACCCAAUGUUCAGGAUUUCCAGUUCUUUCCUCCACGUCUAUUUGAAUUAUUGGAAAAAGAAAUUCUAUAUUACAGAAAAACAAUUGGUUACAAGGUCCCUCGAAAUCCUGACCUACCGAAUGCAGCACAGGCACAGAAGGAAGAGCAGCUUAAAAUUGAUGAAGCCGAGCCCCUCAAUGAUGAAGAGUUAGAGGAGAAGGAGAAGCUCCUGACACAGGGAUUUACCAAUUGGAAUAAGAGAGAUUUUAACCAGUUUAUCAAAGCUAAUGAGAAGUGGGGUCGUGAUGAUAUUGAAAAUAUAGCAAGAGAAGUAGAAGGCAAAACUCCAGAAGAAGUCAUUGAAUACUCAGCUGUGUUCUGGGAAAGAUGCAAUGAGCUGCAGGACAUAGAAAAGAUUAUGGCUCAGAUUGAAAGAGGAGAGGCAAGAAUUCAAAGAAGAAUUAGUAUCAAAAAAGCACUUGACACGAAGAUUGGACGGUACAAAGCACCUUUUCAUCAGCUGAGAAUAUCUUAUGGUACUAACAAAGGAAAAAACUAUACUGAAGAGGAAGACCGCUUUCUGAUCUGUAUGCUUCACAAGCUUGGAUUUGACAAAGAAAACGUGUAUGAUGAAUUGCGGCAGUGUAUUCGCAACUCUCCUCAGUUCAGAUUCGACUGGUUUCUAAAGUCCAGAACCGCAAUGGAACUGCAGAGGAGGUGUAACACCUUAAUUACCUUGAUUGAAAGAGAAAAUAUGGAACUAGAAGAAAAGGAGAAGGCAGAGAAAAAGAAAAGAGGACCAAAACCUUCAACACAGAAGCGUAAAAUGGAUGGAGCACCUGAUGGCCGAGGAAGAAAAAAGAAGCUGAAACUAUGAAUACAUAUUGUUUCAUAAUCACUAACUUUAAACCAGUAGUUCUUUAAUUUACGGGUCUUCAUAAGAUGUACUGUACAAUGCUCAAUUGUUAUGUCAUUCAACGACAUCAGGUUCAUCUGUUUACCGAGCUAGAAACAUAGUAUGUAGUUUCACUUUUUUAAAUGCAACAGCUGUGCUGAAAUUUUUUUAUCAUUAACACUUGAAGUAAUAAAAUAGGCUUCAUUUAUUAAUAAAUGUUUCAGUUGAUUUAUUUUUCUAUUAUAGUUCCAUUUGUGAGGAUUGUGACUUUGUUUAUGAGCUAUAAUUUCUAUACUUGUGACGCUUAAAAAGAAGCAAACAAGUUAAAAAAAGAAAAUUGCAGAUAACACUUGUCCCUUCAGUCUUCACUUAGUUGUGUAAUUGUUUUAAUUGACUUUGCCUUUGCAGAAGUUUGGGUAUCUUCUUUGUAGUGCUAUUGAGUCUCAUCCAGGAAGAUUAUGUACAUUGCAUUCUCCUUGCUUGUUAUAUGGGUAGAAUGGGAAAAAAAGGCAAGACAAAUUCUCAUGAAAUUCUAUGCAUAUUUCUGUUGCGCUGUUUCUAUAGUUCUGAGGUGAAUAUGCCCUGUUCUGUUUGGAAGAAUGGCCUUUUAGUUGUAUAGCCAAAGACAUUUAGUAUUUUCUGGUUCCUUAAGGUGUUAUUGUACCAUUUUGUAAAAGGAAUAUUAUUAUUAUUUUUUUUAAUUGUUUGGUAAAUAUUUUUGACAAAUUAACCUUCUGAAGCAGCCACAACUUGGAAAGAUAAUGUCAAAACUUAAGAUGAUUUUUCUUUUUUUAAAAAGACCCAGCCAAAAUAAGGUGUCAAUUUGUCGUACUGUUAAAUUGAAAUUGGUAACAAAAUGUAUCCCUUUCCGGUUUAACCAUUUUUGGGUUUUAGAGUAAUUGAAAAUUUUAUUUUAUUAUAUUUAAAAUAAUUUCUAAGUGUGAACAGCAAGAAUGAAUUAAUUCCAGUUUUUAUUUUCUAUGGACAGACUUGAUAAACUGGAGACCCUGAAGCAGGAUUACCCAAAUUGUAGUGUCAGGAUUUUAGCUGUACCAGAGGCCUUUAUGUGCUACACAUAAUUUGUAUAAAGUUUUAUAUGUGCAAAUUGGGUACAUAAAUAGUUCUCCAUUUUUCUAAGGGAAUGCAAUAAAUGUAGCAUCGUGAAUAAAUAUAACUUUUAUAAUCCUUAA